UCUUGAAUGCACCACAACGACUCUUCCGUCUUCCUUUCCUUGCUAGUAGCUAGCACGCUUGCUAAUACAGCUAAAAAUAGACGGCGUUUAAUUAUACAGGAAGUCACGGUCGAUAACAUGAAACUAAUAUCCCUUCCAGCUUUUUGUGUUUUUAAUUUAGCGUACUUUGACCUUGGCAGACCACCCUGCUUCACCGACUUUAUCUCCGGGGCUAACACCAAUGUUUAGCUGCGCAACUGAUUUUUUAGCCUUAUUAGCUUGGUGCUAGUUUCUCCUUUUUCUCGAGCGCUCCAUGACAUGAAUGAGAGCCGACGGAGUAAACAGAACAGCUUGACGAAGUGGACGAAGAGGCUGGAGGUUUUUUAUUAGUAUUAUUUUUAUUUUUUUGAGGAACCACGACAAGCUAUCGCCAAAGGAGUUAAGCUAACCGUUGCUAACUAAUGGAAAUGCACAUUUCUAGAGAAGAAGAAGAAAUCACAAUCCCCCCGCUGCUACGUCCCGAAACGUAACAACACAACAGCCUGUGUAACAUAAUGCUGCAGUCAGUGGGGGCAGGUUGGCUUUGUGUUUACAUGUCAAACUUCACAUUUUGUGAUAGUUUUUUGACUACAUUAACAAAGGUAAUGCUGUUGUAUAGGAUUGACUUCCUGCUCCAGCUACGGGAGUAAACGCUCAUCUUUAGCUUUUUUUUUUUCUUCAUCAAUCGUAAUAUUUCCUACUGUAAAAGACACGAACGAUCAUCAUGGACACGGAGGGAAUUCUUCAUGAAUUUAAUAAUUGCUACAGUUGACUUUUUUGCUCUGGAUGCUUUAUUUUUGGGGGAUGUUAUUUGAAUGAUUGUUGCGCCCGGAGCCCAUUCGACAUGUCUACUUUUGCGGAGUUCGUCCCUCCUCCUGAAUGCCCGGUGUUUGAGCCGAGUUGGGAUGAAUUCUCAGAUCCUUUAGGGUUCAUCAACAAGAUCCGACCCAUUGCAGAGAAGACGGGGAUCUGCAAAAUACGGCCUCCACAGGACUGGCAGCCUCCAUUUGCCUGUGAUGUUCGCAACUUUCGCUUCACUCCAAGAGUGCAAAGACUAAAUGAGCUUGAGGCUCUCACUCGAGUUAAACUCAACUUUUUGGAUCAAAUUGCAAAGUUCUGGGAGCUGCAGGGAUCAAAGAUUCGAUUCCCUCAUGUGGAGAGAAAGAUUUUGGACCUCUAUCAGCUCAGCAAGAUCGUGUCUUCCGAGGGCGGCUUUGAGACGGCGUGCAAAGAGAAGAGAUGGUCCAAAGUCGCCAGUCGAAUGGGCUUCCCUCCAGGAAAAGGCACCGGUUCUCUUCUGCGCUCACACUACGAGAGAAUCCUUUACCCUUAUGAGCUCUUUCAAUCUGGAGCUUCACUCACAGGCCUCCACCGGCUGUAUGACGAGGCGACGGACGGGGAGGAAGUAGAUGAAGGAGUCGGUGAGGAAACGAUGGAGGAGGACGAGGAGGAGGACGAGGAGGAGGAGGAUGAAAAGGACAAGGAGAAAGACAAGGAGGGGGAUGUGACGCAAACCAAAGAUCAGCUUCUGCCCGAGAGGCGCUCCAGACGUCUGAAGUCAGAGAGGGAAAACAAGGAGCCUAAAGGCCUCAAAAUCUUCGGAACGAGCCCUAAGAUGGUCGGUUUGGAGAUUCUUUCAGCUGAUGAUGGGUUCAUCAAGAAGCAGCGUCUCCUCAAAGCCCAAGCCUUCGCCAUCAAGAUGAGACCCCGCAAGGAGACCCUAGAGGUCAACUUUAUCGACCUUUAUCUUUGUCUGGUUUGUGGACGGGGCGAUGAAGAGGACCGGCUCCUGCUGUGUGACGGCUGCGAUGACAGCUAUCACACUUUCUGCCUCAUCCCGCCUCUGCAGGAUGUGCCCAAGGGGGACUGGCGGUGCCCGAAGUGUGUCGCAGAGGAGUGCAGUAAGCCCAGAGAGGCGUUUGGCUUCGAGCAGGCGGUGAGGGAGUACAGCCUGCAGAGCUUCGGAGAAAUGGCCGACCACUUCAAAUCGGACUACUUCAACAUGCCCGUUCACAUGGUACCUACAGAGCUGGUGGAGAAGGAGUUCUGGCGCCUGGUCAGUAGCAUCGAAGAGGACGUCAUCGUUGAGUACGGCGCUGACAUCAGCUCCAAGGAGGUGGGCAGCGGCUUUCCUGUGAAGGACGGCAAGAGGAGGCUCCUGGGAGACGAGGAGGAAUACGCCAACUCGGGCUGGAACUUGAACAAAAUGCCGGUUCUGGAGCAGUCCGUCCUCACGCACAUCAACGUGGACAUAUCCGGCAUGAAGGUACCCUGGCUCUACGUGGGGAUGUGUUUUUCCUCGUUCUGCUGGCACAUCGAGGACCACUGGAGCUACUCCAUUAAUUUCCUGCACUGGGGUGAACCCAAAACUUGGUACGGCGUCCCGGCUUCUGCAGCAGAGAAACUAGAGGCUGUAAUGAAAAAACUGGCUCCAGAGCUGUUCGACUCCCAACCCGACCUCCUUCACCAGCUGGUCACCAUCAUGAACCCAAACAUCCUCAUGGAGCACGGCGUUCCACAACCGCCUUCGUUCUGAGAGCAGCCGUAAUCGCACCAAACUGACCGUGGAUGAGCUCAAAGCCUUCGUGGAGCAGCUCUACAGGCUGCCGUGCAUAAUCAGCCAGGCCAGACAAGUCAAGGAGUUACUGGAGACCGUGGAGGACUUUCACGAGCGAGCCCAGGUGGCUCUAUUCGACCAGAUGCCAGAUUCCUCCAAGCUGCAGGAGCUUUUGGAUCUGGGCAGCGGCCUGGACGUAGAGCUGCCUGAGCUGCCCCGGCUCAAACAGGAGCUGCAGCAGGCCCGUUGGCUGGAUGAGGUGCGCGUCACCCUUGGCGAGCCCCACCGCGUCACCCUGGAACUGAUGAAGAGGCUGAUAGAUUCUGGAGUAGGUCUGGCGCCGCAUCAUGCCGUGGAGAAGGCCAUGGCAGAGCUACAAGAGGUCCUCACCGUCUCAGAGAGAUGGGAGGAUAAGGCUCGGGCCUGCCUGCAGGCGAGACCUCGACACAGCAUGGUGACCCUGGAGAGCAUCGUGCUGGAGGCAAGGAACAUCCCGGCGUACCUGCCUAACGUUUUAGCUCUGGAAGAUGCCCUGCAGAAGGCGAAGGAGUGGACUGCCAAGGUGGAGGCGAUCCAGAGCGGCAGCAGCUACGCUUACCUGGAGCAGCUGGAGAACCUCCUGGCCAGAGGCCGCUCCAUCCCGGUGCGCCUCGACCCGCUGGCUCAGGUGGAGUCUCAGGUGGCUUCAGCUCGAGCCUGGAGGGAGAGGACCGCUCGCACCUUCCUCAAGAAGAACUCCACGUACACUCUGCACCAGGUUCUGAGCCCACGUGUAGACAUAGGAGUUUACAGCAACAGCAAGAGCAAGAGGAAGCGGGUCAAGGAGCUCAUAGAGAAGGAGAGAGGUGGCUAUGACCCGGAGACCUUGAGCGACCUGGAGGAGAACCUCGAGGAGGUGCGAAACCCUUCAGCCGUCGUCGCUGCCUUCAAAGCCAAAGAGCAGAAGGAAGUGGAGGCAAUUCACUCCCUCCGCGCAGCUAAUUUAGCCAAGAUGGCCAUGGCGGACCGCAUCGAGGAGGUCAAGUUCUGCCUGUGCCGAAAGACGGCCAGCGGCUUCAUGCUGCAGUGCGAGCUCUGCAAGGACUGGUUCCACGGGGCGUGCGUCCCCUUGCCCAAGACGGGAACGCAGAAGAAAGUGGGCGUGGGUUGGCAGAGCAACAACAAGGACUCUAAAUUCCUGUGUCCGCUGUGUCAGAGGUCCAGGAGACCGAGACUAGAGACCAUCCUGUCCCUGCUGGUGUCGCUGCAGAAGCUGCCGGUGCGUCUUCCAGAAGGAGAAGCUCUGCAGUGUUUAACAGAGAGAGCAAUGAGCUGGCAGGACCGAGCUCGACAAGCUUUGGCCACGGAGGAGUUGUCCUCGGCGCUGGCCAAGCUGUCGGUGCUGAGUCAGCGAAUGGUAGAGCAGGCGGCGAGGGAGAAAACUGAGAAGAUCAUCAACGCUGAGCUGCAAAAAGCUGCCGCCAAUCCUGAUCUGCAGGGCCACAUCCAAACCUUCCAGCAGUCUGGUUUCAGCAGAGCCACAUCGCCGCGUCAGUGUUUGGACUAUGAUGACGAAGAGACAGACUCGGACGAGGACAUCAGGGAGACUUACGGUUACGACAUGAAGGACCCAGGUGAGGUGAAGCCCUACUUGUUCUGUGACGAGGAGAUUCCCGUCAAGUCAGAGGAGGUGGUCAGUCACAUGUGGCCGGCUGCCACGCCCUCAUUCUGCGCCGAACACGCCUACUCCUCUGCGUCCAAGUCCUGUGUGCAAAACCUGGGCACGCCCAGGAAGCAGCCCAGGAAGACCCCUCUGGUCCCUCGAAGCUUGGAGCCGCCCGUGCUGGAACUGUCCCCGCAGGCUAAGGCCCAGCUGGAGGAGCUGAUGAUGCUGGGAGACCUGCUGGAGGUGUCCCUGGAUGAGACCCAGCACAUCUGGAGGAUCCUGCAAGCGACACAGCCUCCCUCUGAGGAGAGAUUCUUGCAAGUCAUGGAGCCUGACAAUUCCCUGAUGGAGAAGCCCCUAAAGAUCAAACUUAAAGACUCGGAGAAGAAAAGGAAACGGAAGUUGGAGCGAGCUGAGCACCACCACAUGCUAAUGGCCGCGGCAGGAGGCUCUUCGGCCUCGGGAGACCUCCGACUGUCCAAGUCCAAGGAGCUGAAGAGAGUCGGCCUGGAGCUCUGCCUCAGCAGCAAGCCCAAGAAGAAGAAGCUCAAACUCAACCUGGAGAAGAACAGGGAGAUGAAGCAGCUGGCCAAACGACUAGCCAAGGAGGAAAAGGAGAGGAAGAGGAAGGAGAAGGCGGCCGUGAAGGCGGAGGCCAUCAAGGAGGGCUUCGAGAAGAGGAAGGAGAAGAAGAUCUUGGACAUUCCCUCCAAGUACGACUGGUCGGGGGCCGAGGACUCGAACGAUGAGAACGCCGUGUGCGCGGCGAAGAACUGCCAGAGACCGUGCAAAGACAAGGUGGACUGGGUCCAGUGCGACGGAGGCUGCGACGAGUGGUUCCACCAGGUCUGCGUGGGGGUCUCCUGCGAGAUGGCGGAGAACGAGGACUACAUUUGCAUGGAAUGCUCCGAGAAGGUGACCGGAGCGAGCGCGGGGAUAGCAGUCGAGGUGACGGCGGUGGAGGAAGAAGAGGAGGAGAACGUCGUGGUGCUGUCGACGUGCGGCGUACCCUCGUCGUCGGUGCCCUCGUGGUCUUCUGCGCUUCUCGUGAACCCGGCGACCUCAGUUCAGCAGCAGGACCCUCAGCAGAUCAGUUAGCACCGAACAUCGGGCAAGAACUGAGCACUUGAGCGCGACGAGACGCCCUGGAAUUAUUUCUGUAACUGUUGGGACUGUGAAGCACAAAAAAAACGACUCCAGAAAAGAUGUUUUCUGUAAACUGCUAAGGCGUCUGUGAGUGCAGGGUGAGUCCUGUAAACAUUUUAGGUCUAGAAACACCCAUCAGCUUCUGUCUGAAGGCUCUGAUUUAUUUACUGACCGUCUAACAAAGCACCACGCUAACUCAAUAUUCAGUCCAGGACGUCCGGCCCCUCCGCCCUUUGACCCCUCAGACGUUAAUAUCUCGACAAGACUAGGAAACCAAGUGGAUGUAAUGUAGUACAAUUAUUUAUAAUGUGUAUAGUUUUUAAACAGAUACAAAAAAAUGGAUUGUGACUUUUUGCUUUUCUCACCUUUAAUAAACAAAUCCUAGUCAAAUA